AUGGGUGAAGAUGUCGCGGAAAGAGCGGCCUCUCCAUACCAUAUGACAGAGCAAGCCUACAUUCAAGGAGACAGGUUAACUUGGGCACCGGUAGCUUUCGCAUCCACAUAUACAGUUAAACUUUCUUACAACAGCACUGGAUUUCUUUUAAUCGACAUCGACGGGCAUAACGACAGUUAUAUUCAAACAUCUCUUGGUCAUCUGGCUUUCGGAAGAUAUUAUAAUGUUAGCAUCAUUGCUGUAAAUGCGUUUGGGAAUGGACCAGAGUAUACAAGCAUUUUGGAGUCAGGCUAUCCCUAUCAAGUCAAGGAUGUAGUCCAAGUAUUUUCCAACAUAACAACAACGUCCAUAACAUUGAAUUGGACGAAGCCUGGUGUUGGUAAUGCGGGUAUUGCAGAUAGCUAUGUUAUCAAUAUCAGUGCCAGUGCCGGAGACUGGUCAAAAGAAUACUUUUGUUCGAGUCCACCUUGUUAUAUAAACGGGCUUGAACCAGGUUCAUACUAUAAGGCGGUCGUACAAGGAGUUAAUGUGAAUGGAAGAGCUCACAAUAAUCCUGGAAUCACCCGAGCCGAGCUGAUUGAUGGUUACGUAUAUGUUGAAUGGAUCACAUCUGCAACUUGCUCUUACUACAUUGCAUACAUUGGGAUACAAAUGAUAAACGCUUCCUCUUCUCCGAUCGUGGUCAAAUAUGAUGAUGUUGUUUUACCGUCAUCUACGUAUGCUAUGAUUUAUGUCCUAACGAGCGGACCACAUUAUCUUCCACAUCUUUCAAGUGCAAUCGUGAUUUUACAGCCAGAGAUGCCUGUUUCCAUAUACAACGUUAGCAGUAGUAAAGCUAUUCUACCUUACUACUUCACACCAAGUACCGAUAUCACGGGCGACACCUAUAUUUAUAUGAGUGAUCCAUGUGAUCUUGAAUGUGCUGGAAAUGCAACAUACCAAGUCGACACAGAAACUAACGAACAAUCAUGUCAUUGUGACGAAAGUUUUUUCGGAAAUGGAAGCAUACAAUGUACAGCAUACUGCAAUGCAACCGAAAUGAACGGCUACAGCUUUCCAGAAGGAUUUCCAGAGUACACUGUUUAUUCACAAGAAACUUGCGAUUCAGGCCGAGCUCGUGCGUCACUGAGUUGCUCUAUUUACGUCAUUGCCGGAGAGUAUAUUACAACAUUUGAAGGGUUUGUGGAAACAGACUGCGAUACAACAAUAGCAAAUACUACUGCCUCGGUCAACACAUCCUCGUCACAAGAAGUCGAAGAUGCUUUCGCAGAAAUUCAAUUGCUGACGUCAGACCCAGAAGCAAUCAGCGAAGAAGAUGUCGAAACUAUAGUCGUUUUCUACGAAGAAGUUGCGAAUUCUGGCGUCAAGAUUACCAAAUCAACCUGGCGAGAUUGCGUGUUAACUGCAAGUCAUUUAACUCAAUAUUACAUCAUUUCAAAUCCAUCAAAUACGGAACAGGAAAUCAAAAAUAAAGAAUCUCUGCUGGCUUCUCUCCCAGUCAUAGGAAGAAAUCUCGACAUGAGCCGUACAUUAGGACAAAAGGAGGAUUCAAAUUUUGAAACAUCUUCACCCGAUAUUUCUUCCAAGGUAACGGAUACAUUAGUUUGCAAUGAAACAAAUGAAUAUAACAUCAUUUCAUAUUCGCCGGAAUUUUUCGAGAUAUCGACUAAUUCCUCAGCCGGCACCAUAUAUCCAGUCACUAUCAACGUUCCAGCCGAAGCAUUGAUGGUUGCUAAAACAACAUUAGCAAACGGUUCCAGCAACCGAGGAGAUUGCAUGAAUAUUCGAUCUGUGUUCUUUGUUCAUCGAUAUAGUGUUUUGUUUGUUUCUUCCACAGAUCAGACAACAGAAUGGAUCUCAACAGUUGAACUCGGAGACCUGGAUCAAACAGUUAACAAUAUAAAGUUACAAAAUACCACAGUUGAAAUUGAUGGGAACUAUUUAUCAGACAUCGAGAUUUCUUCAGAUCAAUAUCUUUCUUGCAUGUAUUGGGACGUGGAGCAAUCAUAUUGGACAACUGAGGGAUGCCAUAUUUUUUAUUCAGAUAACACUGCAUAUCCAACAACGUGUAAAUGUGACCACUUGACUUCGUUUGCAGUACUUGUAAUGGCGUUCAAAGAUUUGACGAAAUGUGGACUUGACGCUCUACCGACUGGUAUAGGCUGCUUGAUAUCUAUUGGUGGACUUGUAGUUACGUUUAUAUGCAUCGUGGCCUUUAAAAAACUUCGUUCCAGAUCCUCCAUGCAUAUCAUUUUGCAUUUAUGUUUCUGUCUCGCCUCAUCGUAUUCAAUAUUUGUCGCUGGCAUAGAACCUAGGUAUACAGAAAACAAUGCUGUAGUGAGAGAAGGACUAUGCAACGCGAUGACAAUUAUGCUACAUUUUUUCCUCCUUUGUUCGUGGUGCUGGAUGGCUGUGUAUGCACACAGUUUGUGGUUUAAAAUCGUGCGGGGUGUAAAAAAUUUCGGAAAAUCGUAUAAUGUAUUACUGGCAUGUGUAUUUGCUUACGGAGUGCCUACUGUUAUAGUUGCAUUGAAUGCAGGAAUAGUAUUAGGACACAUCGAUAAAAUGAAAAACAACGGCCAAAACAGUAGUGAAGACUGCCAAGAAAACAAUGAUGAUCAAUUGAAUCCAUCAGAAUACCGUUCAGAUGAUUUGUGUUGGUUGACCGGUUUAUCGUUAAUCGUUGGGUUUUUAACUCCAGUUAUCACCCUACUUUUGUACAAUAUCGCCGUAUUUAUUGCUGUUUUUUCGAAACUAACAUGCUUGAGAGAAAAGAUAUCUUCAUCUAAAAAGGAUCAAAGCUUCCCACACCAUUUACUAAAUGCAGUUGCUUUAACAACAACAAUGGGUUUUUCGUGGGCGUCGGCUUUUCUUAUGUUACUUGUUGAAGACGAUAGCGAAGGACUAUGCGCCAUGGCUUGGAUAUUUUCUAUCAUCACUUCACUACAGGGAUUUCUGAUUUUUCUAUUGGUAUGUGUCCGUGAAUUAGUACGAUUUAUUCCUCACAAACGCCCGUAUUCUGAUGCACUGAACCAACCGAAUAACGGGACAGGCAGUGACACUUUACCAGCAAAUUCAGCACAAAAAGGAAGCAAAGAAAAGUGAUUGCUGGCGUGAUUAGAUGAGAAUGUCUCGUGAUUGGAAUAUUAAAAUAACAGAAAGUGCAAUAUAUUGCCAUCUUAACGAGAUAGCGACGCUCAAAUAUAUGGACAUGAAAAUUGCGCACCCGUAUCUGAAGGCCGCAGCGGAAAACCAAGUUUUCUGAAAAUAUAGGUGGCUAAGUAUGCCGGAUUGGAGUGUUCCCAUGCGCCGU